CAACGAUGCGUUCAGCACUGCUCGCAGCCGCCGCGCUUCUGCUGAGAUCGACGAGCGCAGUCUUUGCUGACGAAGCCUGGGGCGUUGACUACCAUAUACCCUUGCUGGGCCUGCCUAAAGAAGAUGCCACCUUUUUCCAUCAGCCAAAUCCAGCUUCCCGGGCAUCGCUCAUCUACACACUAUCUGAGGACGGUGUGAUAGGUGCAGUCAAUCCUCGUGAUGGCAUAUUAGUCUGGCGGCAGCAGCUGUUGCAAGGCGUCGGACCUGCCAAUGCCAGCUUUCUGCGCGCUGGUGAGGGUCAGGAUGUUGUUGUCAGCGGCAUCGGCAACGACGUGUCCGCCUGGAGUGCUGCAGAUGGCAGGUUGGCCUGGCAUCGCAGUGUCAAUGGACGAAUUGAGGAUUUGGAGAUUCUAGAGCUCAGCGAUGGCCGAGAGACUCCAGGCGCCAAAGAUGCCGUCGUGCUCACCAGCGGCGAACACCCCGUAGUCCAGCGCCUGGACGGCUCUUCGGGCGACAUCAAAUGGACUUACGACAUCGACAGCGGAGACCUGCCGUAUCAAGUUCUCACUUCAUCGACUGGCAUAUACGGCAUCUUGCUACACAAGACCAUGCUUGGCUACCUCAAAAUCAAAAUCAUCACGCUGGAUCCGGUCUCUGGACGGAAAAUUGAUGAGCAUACGCUAAGCUCAGAAAGCGAGUUGGCAUCCGCUGACACCAUUGUAUCUGUCGGGGCGAACUCUGCAUCCCCCAUAAUCGCCUGGACCGACUCUGCUUACACUGUCCUCAAAGUGAACAUCAUUGGCACGAAAGGGGUCACAUCUUUCAGCAUCGAUAAGCAUGAUGACGAGGCCGUGACUCGAGUGCGCCUACACGCACCAUUCCACACCAAUUCUCUAGCCCAUUUCCUGGUGCAUUUCGAGACUGCGACGUCCCACUGGGCUGAGGUGUACCACAUUGACUUGAGAAAGAACAAGGUGGAGAAAGCAUAUUCGCUGCCAAACAUUGCUGGUCAGGGCUCGUUCUCCACGAGCAAUUCCGAUGCCAACGUCUACUUUACCAGGAUCACGAGGGACCAAAUUGUUACAGUCUCUUCUGUGUCCCAUGGAGUGCUUGGAAAAUGGGCUCUUGGCGACUUUGGAGUUGCUGCGUCUGGGAGUGAGACACUCGAGCCAGUGCAUUCUGUCUCCGAAGUGUCCCUAAAGAAUGGAGAGGUAUCGGCCGCUCGUUCUGCGGUUCUCUUAUCCACAGGGGAUUGGGUGCUCAUUAGGGACGGCAGUGCUGUCUGGAAUAGGCCUGAAGUGCUGGCAAGCACAGUUUCAGCUGCGUUCGCCAAUCCUGCUGAAGUAGAAUCAUUUGCCCAGGAUUUGGAAAUCGAGGCCCACAGCAAUGUCAUUGCUGCAUACCUCCAUCGAGUCAAGCGGCACAUCCAAGACUGGCAGCAGGUCCCAGCCAUCUUGAGCGCUCUGCCUCAGCGCAUUACAAAUGGUCUGUUCGGCACCACUGCGGAGAGUGGACUGGUUGGCGAUGUCUUCGGCUUCCAUCAAGUGGUAGCGUGUGCUACUCGGACUGGACGCGUUGUAGCAUUGGAUGCUGGAAGCGCGAAUCGUAUAAUUUGGAGCAAGCAAGUCGUGAAGUUGCCUCCGGGCGAGCCAUGGCGACCAUCGUUCAAGUCUAGUUCGGCUGGGGUCCUGGUAGUGCAAAGCGAAGGAAUGCGGGAUUUGAGAUUGAACGCCACAAAUGGAGAGCCUGUAGCCAUUUUAACUGCAGCAGAAUCGCCGGUGGCUCCUGAGAGAUCUGUACAAUUUACGCUGCGAGACGGCGAGCUUUCAGCGACGAGAGCAGCCGGUGAUGCCGCCCAAGCAAUGUGGCGUUUCCUGCCAUCCGAAGGCGAACGCAUUCUAUCUCUGGUACCACGUCCUGUGAAUGAUCCAGUGGCAUCAAUUGGCAAAGUGCUUGGAGAUCGUAGGGUGCUUUACAAGUACCUGAGCUCCAAUCUCGCAUUGCUGAUCACGGCGAAUGAUGCCACCCAAGCAGCAUCCCUCUAUGUUCUCGACACGGUCUCGGGUGCAACUCUAUUUGCAGACGUGCAUUACAACGUGGACUUAUCAGAGCCGAUUCCAGCUAUCAUGUCGGAAAACUGGUUUGCGUACUCGUACACCGCUGACUCAAGAGAUGGCACAACCAAAGGACAUCAUUUGGUUGUGGGCGAGAUGUUUGAAUCCUUGCUUCCGAACGAUCGAGGCCCUUUGACUGGAAAGACUAAUUCCUCCAGCUUGGGACAGUCUCCUGAGCCUUUUGUCCUGCUGCAUUCCUACCAGAUUCCGGAGCCUAUUUCGCAGCUUUCGGUCACUCGCACACGCCAAGGUAUUACUUCCAGGCAACUCCUGGCAGUGCUCGCAGAUUCUGGAUCAAUUGUCGGCAUCCCAUAUCCCGUCCUGGACCCACGUCGACCGGCAGGAAGAGAUCCAACGAAGGACGAACAGCUUGAAGGGCUCGUCCGGUACACACCAACCGUCGAAUUUGAUCCGAAGUGGUAUCUAAACCACAAGCGGGAGGUUUUAGGUGUCAAAAAUGUGAUCACCAGCCCUGCCCUGAUCGAAAGCACAAGCUUAGUGUUUGCGUUCGGUUUGGAUGUCUUCGGGACAAGGCUCAGCCCAAGUUUUGGUUUUGAUAUCCUAGGCAAGGACUUCAACAAGUUCCAGAUGCUGGCGACCGUGGCUGCGUUGGCCGUUGCAACAUUUGUAGUUGCUCCAUUGGUCGCUCGCAAGCAAGUCAAUACUCGAUGGCAAUUCGCUUAGAAUGUCAGCCGUGAAGUGGAACGAGUAAAAUAUCCGCAGCAAGCGCCUCUUCCGGCUUUGAUUCGGCCAUUGUGGGGCCGAUGGAGUUGAAUGCCUGUGCAGCAACUGCCACUGGCAAACUUGCGUGCUUCAGAAAAGCUUCAGGUCAGCACGGGCAGAAGAUGAGGAUGUCGCGAUGCCUAUUUUGUCCAGACAGGACUAGUAGCGGGCGGCUUUAAUGCCGCUGGACGCAUGCUGACGCUGACACUAAUCAAACAGCAUCGGCGUGCUCUCUUGCAUCUGCAAGGCUUUUCCUCUUUGGACCCCGACCAUUCAGGAUAGGCCCAUAACGAUAUCCAAGAAGAUGCAGAAAGUGUUCAUAGCAUUUGAUACUCCGAAGCUCACAGACUUGGAGUUUGAUUG